GUGUUUCUGCGUAUGUGUUUACUUGGCUAACAUCGCCUACAAGUGUGGUCGGUGAUUUCUAUUGGAGAAGCAGUUUCUGCCUAUCUUCAUACUGUACUGUCUAUGAGUGUAAUUUAUGCUCUGAAAUUCAACAGCGGAACUCAUGCAUUGAGGAAAUUGGUCCAUCAACGGGCAGUAAAUACAGUGACACCGUGUCACAACGUGCUCAUGAAAAUCAGAUACCGUCUAUUUUGCCGGCUGGGUGUAGUUGCAGGAAGUUGCCAUGGAGAGUCUGGGGGAGAAGUUCAAAGCUCUGUCCAUCACUCGGCGUGUCCAGCCAGAUGAGCUCACCUACCUGCUGGACCUGUCCCACCAGACUGUCUCAGGCCCAGGGUUGGUGGCCGUAUGCUGCUCCAACCUCUCCAUCCGUUUGCACAGUGAGGACAGCCUCAGCCUGCUCAGGGAGUACCAGGGACAUAGUGGUGCAAUCUGUGGGGUGUGCUUUUCCCACACCUCCCCUGACCUGCUCUUCUCAGGCUCUGCUGAUGGGACAGUGAGGACGUGGGAUGUCCGCUGCCCUGGUUCAGAGGCAGCACAGGUGUUCAAGAGUGACUCCUCCCACCACUUCUGCAGCUUUGAUGUGAGCUGCAGCGAUGUGGUCCUAUGUGCAGGCACUGAGCAGGUCGAUGAAAAUGAUAGCUUCUUGGUUUUCUGGGAUGCCCGCAUGGCAAAGGAGAAGGGAGGGGUUCUGGGUGUGUACUCUGAGUCCCACAGUGAUGACAUCACGCAGGUGCGUUUCCACCCCCGGAAUGCCGACCACUUGGCGUCUGGCUCCACUGAUGGCCUGGUGAAUGUGUUUGACCUGAGCCUUGGUGCAGAGGAGGAGGCCCUGCUGGCUACCUGUAACUGUGGCUCCUCUGCUAGCUCAGUGUGCUGGGCAGGGAAGGACUUCAACCAGCUGCUGUGCCUCAGCCACGAUGAGGGCCUCCAUCUGUGGGACCUGGGUCAGCUGGACACAGACAAGCCCCUCACACUCUUCAGUGCCGCUGACGCCCGCAGCCUGACCCCUCUCUCUGAUGAAGUGGCCCUGGAUUACUUUGUUGGCGGGACUUGGCUGGAGGAGGCAGGGUGCUUACUAGUGCUAGGUGGGACAAACAAUGGAGACAUCCACCUUCUGGAGUGUAGUGAGGAAGGUCUGUGUCUGCUGAGGUCCCUCCAAGGGGGCCACUCUUCCACAGUGCGCUGCUUCCUCUGGGAUCCCGCAGGGGAGGCCCUGCUCACGGGAGGGGAGGAUGCACAGCUGCUCUUGUGGAAGCCAGGGGCGGAGGAAUUCACCUCAGGGAAGAGGGACACCCUGAAGAGUGCCUCUGCAUUAAAACUCAAAUCUAGACCAUACAAGAAGCAUGGCUCCAAGAGGGAUAAGAAGCUAGAAGUGUGAGUCGGAUGCAAUAGAGGAUUUUCAAAGAAGGGCAAGACUGCAGUCCCUAUUUAAUCAAUCAAUACUCCUCUUGCACUCAGAGUACUCGUUUGGAUUCAUGAAAUCAACACAAUUAUAUAUAUUUUUUCUUGAAAGUAGUAUUAUACUUAUCCCAGAAACUCAUUAAUAAUCUCUUUAACCGCUAGGGCUUAAAAUGAGAUUGAAUCGCAGUAUUUGUUUUUCAAAUGUGUUUCUUCCAACUUGUUUGGUAUUUUGUUUAGCUAAAACCAACUUUUUUUUUUAGAAAUAUAAUUCUAAUUGUAUCUAGUUAAUCUAAUGCAUGCUCUCCUGUAAUUUAACUAACAUACUCAGUGGGUCACAAACGCCAGGGUUCAGAACCAGAGCAUGCAGUACUUCAUCAUACUUCAUAUUCAGAGGAGCAGCUUUAAUUCCACUCAAAUGGCACAGAGUGGAAUAACAUGACAGUUGCUAUGCAGGGACUCUGCAUAUGUCAACCUGGUCUCAGAUCAUUUCAUAUUAUUCUGUACGUAAAUCUAAGACACACCAUUUACUACGAUAUGCUAAGUUUCGUAUGAUAUGUAUUAAUUUGUGGAUGUCCAUCACUCAUUUUGUAUGAUAUGUUACGAAUAUGCUGAACGUACAAUAAUUUGCAAAACGAAUGCUAUGUUACAAAUUCUAGCUAGGUUUUUAACAAACUACCUGGCUAACGUUCGCAAGGUUAGGGGUUAAUGUUCAAAAUCAAAUCAAAUGUUAUUUGUCACAUGUGCUGAAUAGAACAGGUGUAGGCCUUACAGUGAAAUGCUUACUU